UGUUGAUUUGACUUUGUCUCACUUUUGUGUUUUUGUAGGUGCAUCUUUCGACACAGUUGGUGUCGGUGCUGAAGCCAUAGAAAAGACUGCUGUGCUGUUGGGGGUCUCUCUAAAGGACAGAGCUUUCAUCGGCCUCAAGUUCGAACGCGAAGAGCCUUCUCAAGAAGAAGAAGUUUCUGAUCCUGCGAACAUGUCGACAUUAACAGGUACUGGCCCAUCGACACGCUCUGGCAAGGCCCCAUCUGCGGAUGCAUUGCUGAGGAAUAGGCUGGAGUCACUGGGAAGUGUGUCUCGAGCCAAACCCAUCACUGUGUUGUCACCACCGAGGCCGCCAAAGGCUUCAACUGACGCCACGGUGACGAGGGAGACCAGCUCGCUUCUGCCUGCUCAGAAAAAGCUGCCGCCUCCAUCUCGGAAGAGGAAGCUUGCAGUGGAGUUUCCUGACGACUACGGGUCGGCAGAUGCGCCACGGGUUCAGCUUUGGCCUGAGGUCGACCGCCUCUGGAUGCCGUCAAGCCGGGAGCGCAAAGAAUCUUUGUCCCCAGUAGCUGCAACUGUCGAGAGCGUCUCGGAUGCAUGUAGGGUAUGUGUUUGCUUUUUCUUUUUAUUUUCUUCGCCUCUGCCAUCCUCAUCUCGUCACUUUAGAAACUUUAAAUAAUUUGCUUUCGCACAAGCCCUGCAAUAUGCUCUAGCCACACGUCAUCAUGUCAUCAUGUUAGAAGAUCAAAUAGUAAAAAUGAAAAAUGACAUGAAGAAGGCAAAGCAGGAAACUGGCCGUUGUAGACACCUACUUUUGUCCCCAUUCCCGCAAGGGAAAGGUUCGAUGACGAAAGCAUAAAAACUCCACUUGACAACGCAUCUCCUAUAAAAUAAACGAAUCUCAAUUCCCCUUUUCAUUUCACCCGAAACCAGCUAUUUAUGGAAACCUGCUAAAAAUAGUAACUGCCGUAAAAAGUAGCUUCUAUGGCAAAAUCAUAAAAGAUAGAAACCUGUCAGAAUUAGGUGUUGCAUUCCAACAUAAAUCCUAAAUGAGAUAGAAAAUUGCGAGAAUCCUAUUCUUAAUAUGAUUCGGAAAUAAGAGUUACGUAUUAAUUGAAAUCCUAACGAGCCUAGAGUUCGUAACGGGCCCAGACGCAUUCCGUCACAAAAUUAAUGCGCGCUAAAAAACUCGAAUUAAUCUCAAACUCUACGGAUUUCAGGAAUCCGAAUCUGACAAAGAAUUCGGCCCAGACAUCACUUUCAACGCCCAGAGCUGGGCGCCGAAAUCUUUGACGCCCAGCCCUGGGCGCUGAAAUUGCAUGGAUCUCUAUUUUCAACGCCCAGCCCUGGGCGCCGAAAUCUUUGACGCCCAGAGCUGGGCGCCGAAAUUACCUGAGACGUGUUUUUUCCUAAUUCUUUGCGGAUUAGAACUCUGCAAUUCUAUCUUUCCACGAAAUCUUCCCUAUAAAUAGGCCCCUAGUUUCGACGUGAAACACACAACAACACAUAAUAUAUUCUGAGUAUUGACUCUAAACCCCUUAGCCUAAGCCUCUCGCUGCGAAACUGUUCACGCGUUUUGUCGCAAUCGAUCCAUAAAUCGAACAGAACGUAUCCUGUCCCAUAAUUAAGAUUCGUUAAAUAAAAAGGAGAAAUAGCAAAGUCAAAGUGGUUAGUUUUCUGAGAACCCUGACGCACCUCUCAAGGGUGCGUCGUGAUGUGUCCCUUUUCGAUGAUUUAACUGCUUUCCUCGCCCUUUUUAUGAACUGUUAAACUAACCUAAUAUGAUUGUUCUAUCACGCCUAACAAAUAUAAUACUUUUGGGAAAUCGGAUUAUCAUGCUAGGUCCCUUAAUGCUAUUUAAAUCAGAUAAUCACGAUCGAAUUAGUAUUAUAUGUUGCAUAUUGCUAAAAUCGAUUCAGAUUAGUUUAAUAGUUAACGCAUGUCCCUUCAAUUAUUUAUGCUGAGCUAGUAAGGAUAUCCUGCCUCUGGAGUUAUCGACCAGCGAAUUACUCCUCUCGGUAGUUACAGUCUCCCGAACCCUCAAUCUCUACCUUGCGGGUGUAUAUUGAGAGAUCCCCACACCAGGGAUCACAAGGGAACCUACGGCCGUCGUGGUCAAACAUAAUUGCACUCCCUUUAUGUCACGAAACCGGGUUUUGUCAGUUUUUCUUAUUGUCGUUAAAAACUGAAUGGCGACUCCUAUAUUACUAGUCAAUUGGGUGUAUACUUACAGGAAAUCCAAUUACACUUGAUUGAAUAAAAAGAAUCGUCACACCCACGAGGGACAUGUCACGCAUUAGUCUCGCGCUUUUUCGACCCCCUCACAGCCGUCUUGGCGGUGUGGCCAAGGAGGCGACGACAAGAGCUGAGGCGCUGCAGGUGAGUCAAGAGAAGGGGGCUGCUGAGGUCGCACAGUUGAACGCUGAGAAGGAGACGCUGGUUGCUGAGGUCGACGAGCUGAAGACGUCUCUCUCCAAAGUCAAGACGAGGAUUUACGAGUGUGCUGGUUACUACACUUAGAAAAUGAAGGCCGAGAUGACGGAGGAGUUUAAGGCGGGCAAACAUGUGAACUGGACUCCUGACGAAGACAUUGCUCAGUUCAACACUGCAUUCCCCGAGGACUAUAUCCCCCCUGGUGCCGUUAGCGAUGAAGAAGACGUCGAGGAGGGUGCAACUGCAACCAGCCCCGAUGUCGAGACGAUGGCGGCACCAGGUGAUGGCGAACAAGGGGAGAAUGCAGGCCCAACAGACCAUCAGGAGUAGUUCUGUCCCCCCUCCUUAAAAAAUUUAAAAUUUGAAUGUUGUGUUUGUUAAACAAUGGCUUUUUAAACAAUGUUUUGUGUGUUCGGCCUUUGGGAAGGUCGAAAAGAUAUUUGUGGCUGUGUUUCGCCUUGAAGGCGGCAGUCUUUUGAAUGUUUUUGGGCUUGCCCAAGGGGGCAAGUCAUGUAAAUAUUUCUGGUUUGCGAAUUCUAUGUUGCUUGCUUUGUUUUUGGAAAAAUGUGUUUGGUUUGGUGUUUUGUUUUGCAGGUUGGGCACAUACCUCUAGUUCGACUUUGGCGACGCCUCCAGCUUGUCAAAGGGGAACCUGCAAGAAAUGUAUGCUGUAGAAAAUGUAGAUCUGUAUUCCAUUAUGUAUGUAGUGUACAUUAUAGUGUACCAGGCGUUUUUGUAAUGGCCUAAAUUGUGUUUUGUAUUUUGUAAGACUUGUAAUAUGUAAUGUAUACAAUCAUGUUUGAAUAAAAUGAACA